AAAAAAAAAAAAUGAAGGGUGGUUGAGGAAGCUUCCUAGCAACUGGACUUCCUGAGGAAUGCGUCUCGUCUUUAUCUUUCCUGAAUUGUUUUGUGGUUGAUGAACAACUCUGGCCAAGAACAACGGGUGGACCUGCCUGAUUGUGAGGUGAGUUAUUUCUAGUCCAGGCCUGGCAUGCAGAUUACCAACGAGCAUAAGGAAUUCGUGAAUAGGCAAAUUGAAAUCUUGGUGGAUUUGUUGCUGGUUUGAUUUGUGAUUCCGAUUUGGGGCCUUUUUUCCCAUUGUUUUGAGGCAUUUGAACUGGGUUUGAUUUGGUAGAAAGGGUUGGCAGUUGAUUGUUUGGCUGUCGAAAAAUUUCAAUCCAUUGAAAUCUGGAAUUUGGUGCCAAAUUUGAAUUAGGAUCUAGUGGAUAGGUUUUUCUGUUGUUUCUUGAAUUGAUCAGACAAAGAUAGAUUUGGAAGGCUAUGGAGCUGGCUCGGGAAGAACCCAGCCCCAAUGGAGAGGUGGAGGAGGACAAUGACAGAGACCUCUCUGGGGAUACUCCUCUCAAGGAGACUCGCCAUAAUCGGACACAUUUUCCUGGUGCCGUGAGAAAGAAAGCAUAUAUAUUCAAUGGGUACGGCGAAUUCUAUAACAAGGAAUGGGAUCUUGCUGAAGGCACAGGCAAUGAGUUUUGUUGGUACCAUGUUGAACUCCCAAAAGGGAAUCAGAAACUCUCACAGGCUGCACAACAUCUCAUUGAUGUUCUUUGCCCACCUUUGAAACUCCAGGACAUUCUCUCACUUGUUAGCAAUGGACCUUUUUGUGGGCAUGUUGAUGGGGCACUUGUGUUUAGAGUCAAUUCACCGGGACCUGCCUCGAGUGAUUUUACGUUCCGAAUAGCUGCAAGAAUUACUGAGAGUUCAGUGAUUACGGUGUCCCUGGGCCGUGUUCCCAGAUUGGGGUUCUCACCAAUGGGUGAAUCUCUACUUUCAGAGGUCCCAAGAGUGGAGAGUCCUAGUUAUGUUAGAGGCGAGAGGAAGGAAGGGGGUGGAAUUGUGAUCAGGGAGCAUGUUCUUGAGUUUCUGUUGACAAUGAAUCAUUCUGAGGGGGGCGAUAAUCCUGUACCUAGAACUGUAUCAAAUCUUGUUGUUCACAUUAUUGAUACACAUGUGGACCAACUCCAAGAUCUUGUGACUAAACUUGAAAUGGAGUUGGAUUCAGUGGAGUUUGAAAUGGAUAAAGGUGGUUUUGCUUUGAAGAAACAAAUGUUGGAUGACAGGAGAUUCCCAAAAUUGCAUCUUAAUUUGCAGCGACUCUUGCAGGUAAUAGCACAUGGGGAGCAAGUGUUUCCUAGAGUCAAGGAAAAGUGCUCUUCAAAACGAUGGUUUGCCAGCGAGGAUAUUAUCUCACUUGAAGAGUUAAUCGGACGGCUCAGGAGGUUAAAAGAGAAUGUUGGGUUUAUAGCCAAUCGUGUUACAGCAAUCCAGGCUGGUCUUGAUAGCUGGCAAGCCGAGCAAAUAAACAGGAAAUUAUAUUAUCUCUCAUUCCUCUCAAUAAUAUUCCUUCCCUUAUCCAUCAUCACUGGAGUGUUCGGGAUGAAUGUGGGAGGAGUUCCAUGGACAGGACAACGAGACCCAGCUCUAAAAAAUGGGUUCCGCAACGUCAUCUUACUGUGUGUGAUGAUGUUAUUUCUAGUGCUCUUAUGCUUUGCUUUCCCAGCUAUCUAUGCCCGUAUAGCUUCUUGGCGGAGACGAAGGGCUUUACGGAGAAGCUGGUCGCUCAACAGGAAGUCAUUCCUUAAGAGAAUCCCCGGCGGAUCCGAAAGAGGGGGUUAUCUUAGGAUUUGAAGAGAGUAAUACCAUCUCAUGGAAAGUUCUUCAACCCACCAGUUGCCAUCAACCAACUUGGGUUUAUCCAUUUCUUGAAUGACAAACAAUAGCAUCUUAAUCAACUCCUCCAUGGAAAUGGAAAUUCUUGUGAAGUGUUUGAUGUUUAUUCCAGUCAAAGAUGAAACAGGUUCGAGUUUUCUAGUUGGAAGUGAGCCUAUUCUUUUGUUGAUUCCAUUUUUCCAUCUUUCGUGUUUUCCUCUCAGUAUAUAUCGCCUUCCACUUCCAGAGAACCCAUUAACUGUAUGUGCAUUUUAUUUUUCGGUCCUAGACAGAUACAUUGAGAAUCAUUGUCAUUUAAUGUAAUAGUAUGUUACUAACAUAAUCAUUGUCUAGUAACCCAUUAACUGUAUGUUACUAGAAAUUCCUCAA